AUGUCAGACAAAGCUCUCAGUGCCCAGCAGGAAAUCAUUACCGGGUACGUCGGCCAGUUAAUUGAAGAACUCCGAGGGCGAAGCAUCGGUAAAAAAGGGGGUAAAAAGGGGACGGUGGAUAUGGUCCGCUGGUUCAACUUCACUUCGUUUGAUAUCCUUGGAGACCUCGCAUUUGGCGAACCAUUCGGUUGUCUCCGCAGCGGUAUCAUGCAUCCAUGGAUAGAACUCAUCUUUACAGCCAUUAAGUCUGUAAUGGACAUGCAGAUUAUCCGUCGUGUUCCUGGUCUCUUCCCCAUGAUGAUGGCUAUCGCUGGUAUGUUCCAACAAAGCCAGCAUCUACAGGACCAGUUCAUGUUUUGUCAAAAGAAAGCACGCGAACGUCUUGGUAGAGAAACUACCAGACCUGACUUUAUGACAUAUAUCCUCCGCGCUACCGAGGAGAAAGGGAUGACCCAAGAUGAGAUCGAGGCAAAUGCACAGAUCUUGAUCAUGGCCGGUAGCGAGACCACUGCAUCGGCGCUGUCUGUUAUGCAGAAGCUUAGAAAGGAAAUAGAGUCCACUUUCCAGCAUGAAUCUGAUAUAACUAUGCGAUCAACCCAAGGGCUGGAGUACCUGAAUGCAGUACUACAGGAAUCAAUGAGGGUGUACCCUCCUGUUCCUUGCACAUUUCCUCGCACAACACCCCCAGGCGGUGCCACAGUCUGCGGCCGGUACGUCCCGGGGGGUUAUAUUGUUGGUAUCAAUCAGCUAGCGGCCAUGACUUCUGCGAAGAACUUCACAGAUCCGACAAAGUUCGUGCCAGAACGAUGGCUAGGUGAUGAGCGUUACAAAAAUGACUGCAAGAAGGCGUACCAGCCGUUCUCCUAUGGGCCACGCAACUGUCUCGGAAAGAAAAAUGAGACUUGUUCUCACACGUCUGCUUUGGAAUUUCGAGUUGGAGUUGUCGGAGGAGUCAAGAGACUGGCAUUCCCGGCAGAAGGUAUGGAUGAUGUGGGAUAA